AUUUCCUUGGCGGUCUCUACAUCGAGUACAAGGAAGUGUAAACAUGUUGCUUUAAUGGGAGAAGCUUUUACCACCAUUUUUGUUUUUCUUGAGGAUAUAAGCAAACGCGAUUUCACCAUGGACAGCACUUCUAAAAAGGAUGCUUCCAGUCAGCCAUCUGUUGCUUCGCAGGUUCCUUUCCUUCACUUGUGUACCACGCUAGAGAAAAUUCAGAAGUCCAAAGCCCGUCCAGAUAAAUCCAAGAUCCUUGGGGAUUUCAUUGAGUCAUGGCGGAAAUUUCAUUCUGCCCUUCACAAAGAUAACCUCAAAACUACAGACUCUUUCUAUCCUGCCAUGCGCCUCAUAGUUCCCCCUUUUGAACGAGAGCGAAUGGCAUAUGGCAUCAAAGAGAGCAUGCUAGCUAAACUGUACAUUGAUGUAUUAGGUCUCCCAAAGAAUGGCCCAGAGGCCAAUAAGCUGUUGAAUUACCGCGCUCCAACCACAUCCCAAGGAGAAGCUGGAGACUUUGCUGGCAUGGCGUAUUUUGUGCUGAAAAAACGAUGCACCAACCAAGGAAACCUCAGCAUUAAAGAGGUCAAUGACUUUCUGGACUCAGUGGCCAUCAACAACGCUAGCAAGCAGAAGGAUCUUGUAAAAAAGAGUCUGCUGCACCUCAUCACCCAGAGCUCAGCUCUCGAGCAAAAGUGGCUCAUCAGAAUGAUUCUGAAGGACAUGAAGCUCGGGAUCAGCAAAGAAACCGUUCUCCAAGUCUUCCACCCGGAUGCUGCCGAGCUCUAUAACGUCAACACAGAUUUGAACAAGGUGUGCCAGCAGCUCCACAAUCCUGCUGUGUCUUUAAGCGAAGUCUCUAUUGGUCUUUUUUCUGCUUUCAAACCUAUGUUGGCAGCUGUGGCUAACAUCCGCAGCGUGGAAAAACAGAUGGGAAACAGCCCCUUUUACAUCGAGACCAAGCUGGAUGGGGAGCGCAUUCAGCUGCACAAAGAUGGCGAUGUGUACAAGUACUUCAGCCGAAAUGCUUUUGAGUACACGCAGCAGUUUGGAGGAUCCCCAUUAGAAGGAUCACUGACUCCUUAUAUCCACAAUGUUUUUAAAAGCCACGUUGUGAACUGCAUCCUCGACGGUGAGAUGAUGGCGUACAACCCAACAGCAGACACCUUCAUGCAGAAAGGAAGCAAAUUUGACAUCAAGAGGCUGAUGGACGACUCCGAGUUGCAGACAUGCUUUUGUGUGUUUGACGUACUUUUAAUCAAUGAUCAGAAGCUUGGCAAAGAAACUCUCAAGAAGCGGCACGAGAUCCUUCAGACAAUUUUCACCCCACUCAAGGGAAGGAUGCAUGUGGUGCCAAAGACCGAAGCUAGAACCAUGCAGGAGGUGGUGAAAGCGCUCAAUGAUGCCAUUGACAACAGAGAGGAGGGGAUCAUGGUGAAGGAUCCUUUAUCCAUCUACAAACCUGACAAGCGGGGGGAAGGCUGGCUGAAGAUAAAGCCAGAAUAUGUGGAUGGCUUGAUGGAUGAGCUUGACCUGCUGAUUGUUGGUGGCUACUGGGGGAAAGGUAGAAGGGGUGGCAUGAUGUCCCAUUUCUUGUGUGCCGUGGCCGAAGCUCCAAAGCCUGGUGAGAAACCUUCAGUUUUCCACACCCUCUGCCGCAUUGGCUCUGGCUACACCAUGAAAGAAUUGUAUGAACUUGGUUUAAAACUCGCCAAACACUGGAAGGUCUACCGGAAAAACGACCCACCGGCAUCCAUCCUGUGUGGAACAGAGAAACCAGAAGUCUAUAUCGAACCCUGCAACUCGGUUAUCAUCCAAGUUAAGGCAGCUGAGAUAGUUGGAAGCGACAUGUAUAAAACCAAUUGCACUCUGCGCUUCCCCAGGAUCGAGAAGAUUCGAGACGAUAAAGAGUGGCACCAGUGCAUGACACUGGCAGAGCUGGAUCAGUUCCGCAGCAAGGCAUCUGGAAAACUCGCCUCUCGGCACCUUCACAUCGGCAACGAAGAACCACAAAAGAAGAAGCGCAAGCUGCCAGUCAAACCCAAGAAGGUGAUCGGCAUCAUUGACCACUUUAAGCCCCAGGACCUUUCUGGGGUGACCAAGGAAACAGAUAUGUUUGAGGAUGUGGAGUUCUGCAUCCUGAAUGGCACUGAAGAUCAUCCCAAGUCUGAACUGGAAAAGGGUGUGGCCAGGUGUGGAGGUAUUGUGGUUCAGAACCCUGGGCGUGAGACCUACUGCGUGAUUGCUGGUGUGGAGAACAUGCGCGUGAAGAACCUGAUUUCAUCCAACCAGCAUGACAUAGUUUGGGCCACCUGGCUGCUGGAGUGCCUGGACCAGAAGGAGGUGGUUCCAUGGCAACCCCGCCACAUGAUCCACAUGUCGCCCUCCACCAGGGAGCACUUCGCCAAGGAGUACGACAGCUAUGGCGACAGCUACUUUGUUGACACAGACGAGCAGCAGCUGAAGGAGGUGUUCAGCAGGAUCAGCAGUGCAGACGCGUCAAAGGCUGUGAACGUUGCACAGGUCGAGGAGCGCUGCGGUUGGGAUGACCUUCCAACCAGCAUGUUUAGACCGUUCACAGCUUAUAUGGACAGUUUUGCUGACAUAGGAGAACCCAAAAGUGCCAUAUCUGCCAGCUGCCUGGACAUCAGGGCACUGGAGUUUUGCUACCAUGGAGGAACAGUGGUGCAAAAGCUGAAGGAAGGAGUUUCACAUGUUAUUAUCGCAGAGGAAACAAGACUUCUGGAUUUGAGGACUCUGAGGCGCUGCUUUAGGAAGAAGUUUAAGAUAGUAAAAGAGACAUGGGUGACUGAUUCAAUCAGAGCAGGGUAUGUGAUGAAUGAUACUGACUACUUGGCUUGAAGAUGCUGUGUAGUGAAGUACACAGCAUUUAAAUGGACAUUUAGCAAUUCAACUUAUUCCUAAUAAGAUUAGAAAUAAAGUCUUUAAUAAAACCUGCAAAAUGAAAAUUCCAAGGAUGCUAAUUCUCAGGGUUUUGAGUUUGGGUGAGUUUUGGCUUUUGUGCUCUUAAUGAAACAGCUUAUUAUUAGUUUUAAAUGAAUAAGCUGCUGUAAAAGUCAGGAAGGCAAUAAUUGGUUUUUCAAUUUUCAGACUCAGAAUUGCAUUAUAAAGGGUUCAGAUGGUUUUUCUUCUGAAUUUGCCCCCCCCCCCCCUUCAAACUUUUAUCCAAGCAGCUAUUAAAACAUUUUCUGCGACUGAAAGGAGACUUGCCAAUUAACCAGAAAUGGAGGGUUUAAUUCUGACAGUAAUUUCGGUGAAUGAUCCACAUUAGCGAGCAGCAGCAAGGGAAUGCUCCACCAUAAUAAUCUGUCCAUUGUGAAGGGGCACUCCAGCGGUUUUAUAUUUCAGUUUAGUUAAGCUGACAGACUUGUGAGAGAGAGAUUCAGAAAGGAAUGGUUAAAAUUAAACCGCAAAGGCUGUGAUAGACUUUUUUUUUUUUGACUUAUGUUUUUUUUUUUUAACCUUCCUUAGCUCCUAAAUAUCAAUUUUCUCCAAACCCUACACCCCCUUGUGAAAACACAUAACCUGAACAAAGUUUACCCAGACGGCUGUUUAUUUCAGUUUGGAGCCUUCCCUCCAGAAGAUGCUCGUCAUGAUCAUAGACUGUAUAUAAAAGAUGGACAUAGCCACCGUGAUGUCACCCAAUGUUAUCUGGAGUCCAUAUUUUUGAAGCCUCGCUGCACAUCAAGCAAUGUUAUUUGCCAUAUAAUCCCAUUAAAAAUGCUCCAAAGGGAACUAAAAGCAGAAAGACAAUCAGUGGGUUUAGUUCAAUUACUUGAAUUAAUUGAGGUGAAGUCUAGCAGCUGUUGCGUACAUAGAGGGGGAAAAAUGUCCAUAGAGAUCCAAGCUAUUGUUGUACGAGGCUGUAAGCAUGCUUUCUAAUGCUGUAGCAGUAGAAAUUUUUACAUCAGAGUCUAUGGGGAUUUACCAGGAGGCAACUACCGUGGUUGAAAAAUUAGGCCCAUGCAGAAGUGCCAAAACCUACAGUUCCUCUAAUGGCCAUUUGAGGCUGGUUCCAAAUGUGAGCCAACUCCUACUGAUGCCCAUGUUAAAAUAGCCAACUUUACAGAAUUGAAAAGCAAGCUUACAGCCUAGUAUAAAAAGUGGUUUUGGUUUCCAUGAUUAGUUUCCCCCUUCAACAACCAUACAAUGGGUUCAUUUUUUUUAAUGUCAAUUCAUUUUGAUGCUGGAGUUAGAGGUGUAGCAGUUCUGAUUGACUGCUGUCCAGAUACGGGCUAGCUGCCAGCUCUCACUUUCAUUAAUUGGACUUACUAAACUAGACCCCUCCACCAUGUUUGUACUGUCUGUGCCUUUUUAAUGAAAAUAUAUGACAAGUAAUAUGGCUUCCUGUGUGCUACAAACUAUCAAAGCUUGUGCUUCAGUUUUUGUGAGUGAAAUUCUGGCAUUUUAUUUGUCUGCAACUCAGCACCAAUUAGCAGGCAUCUGUUUAUGAGUACAGCCAGCUAAUCAAGCCUGCUACUUAAUAACGUCUUCCUUUCAUCCAAAUACAGCAGCUUCUGGCUAAAAAAAAAAAAAAAGAAAAAGUAACAAGUGAAGGCCAAAUCCUAAGGUUGAGGCUUCAGAAAAACAAUGGGUGACAUCACAGUGGCUACAUUCAUUUUUAUAUACAGUCUGUGGGUUUGAUUUGUUUUGUGGCGCCAGUCUCAUUAUAGAGGAACUGCAGUUUUUGCCACUUCCACGUUGGCUUCAUUUUUCAGCCCCUGGAGGUCAUUGUAUGAUCAUGACGAGUGAGCAGUUUCACGUGGUGUGGUGUGGUCCUUUAAUGUAAGAAAACAAGAAGAAUGUCUUGAACUGUUCUCCCCCUUUUUUUGUGCUCUGUGCCUUUAUGCUGUUGCCAUUACAUAUGAAGAACGACUCUAAUAAAUAUCUUG